AUGCAUUUCAGUCGUCUUUUACAGGACUCCCUUGUCCUUACUUUGGGACUGGCAAGUCUUGCCGCUGCUAUGCCAAAGCAGAUUGUGGCGAGACAGACAACAUGGAACCCACCUUCAAAUUUGGUUCUACCACUCAGUCAAGUCUGGGACCACCAAGUGGCAACCUAUAGCAAUGCCCUCGGCUUCAAGAACUAUGGCUACGAUCAAGUUAUAGCCAACGGAGGAUAUCUCAACUUCUGCGUUCGAUGGGACUCGUCUCAGAACCUCAGCGAGGCUCAGCGAGCUCAGAUAUUGACUGCCUUGCAGCGAUCAGUGAAGAAAUGGAUCGAUUGGCUUGUUGGAUUCGACGGUUUCCCAUAUUCUAGUGUUCCAGUCAAGAUUGUUGGAUAUGCCGUCAGGAACACUGCUCAGCUUCAGGGAUCUACGAGCGGAUAUGACGUUUACACUACCAAGGACUCUGGCGGUAUCCCUGAGUGCGAUCCACGAUGCGGAAGAUUCUUCCAUCAAGAUGGAAACUACAACUCGUGCCCAGGAGGGGCUGCUCGCCAUUAUGACCAGAGCUUGUGGCUCACAGAUGGCUUUGGCGGUGGUGCCGGUGGUGACUGGGGUCAAAGAAUUGGAACAGAAUAUUUCUUGAGCCAAUUGAACUCCGAGAACAUCCAUAUUCUCCUCCACGAAAUAGGACAUACAUUCGCCUUGGAUGAUUUCUAUGACUGGACCCCGACCGGCGUCUCAAACUUCAUCAUGUUGGCAGGAUCCUCAUCUGUCAUCACUGAUUUCGAUGGCUGGAUGUUGCGUGACUGGUGGAGACACUUGAAGACCAGAUAUAACCUCGGAACCCCAGUGACUACGACAACCACUCGCAGCACAACGACGGCCGCUCGCACGACAACCCCAGCUACUACCACGACCGCAGUUCGUACUACAACAACCACCACUCGUGCUACCACAACCGGUUCAUCUUCCGGAGGCUCUCCGCUUUGGGGCCAAUGCGGCGGUGCUAAUUGGACCGGACCGACCACCUGCGCUCAGGGAACUUGCACCUACUCGAACCCUUACUACAGCCAGUGCUUGUAG